AUGGAAAGUCUAUUGGAGCCUGUCAAGACCACCCGCAACCUGCAGAAUAACAUCAAUAACUUGGAGACCCUGUCGCUGAAGGAACCAGUGCCUACAUCACGCACAGCCACCGCCAAACCCAAGAUAUCUGUGCUCGACAUCACAACAGAGACCAGCGACAGCGCAGGCGAUACAUUUAGUCUCCGUCCAUCGACCGAGACGUCUAUAAGUUCGACAUCUGCAGAGACACAAAAGACGAAUCAUAGGCGUCUCGACUCCACUGCAUUCCUUCGAAAGAGUUACUUGGACAAUGCCCCCCAAGCCUCCCUACCAGAUGAUGCGCUUGAGAUUCUGAAGAAUCAACCGAAUACUGAAGACCUGGCAGCGGUUCUACAGUAUCUCCAGUAUGGCAUUGCAGGGAGACAUGACUUCAAUAUCCACGUCCCCGGCCCGAAGGCUUCCCAGAUCAUCAACGUACUUGUCACCGUCACCAUUCCUGAUCAAUGGCUUCAUUUGCGACAAUCUACUCUUUCGAGGACAAAUACGCAGCUCAGGUCAGCACUGCUACUAUCACUUACUAGUGUCGCAGGACUCGGGGCACUCUUGAUGCAAAUCAGACGCCUCUCUUCUCUCACCACCAGUCAAGAUCAGUCAGUGAUGGAAGAUACUGUUGGUGUAUUAUCGUCAAUCCUUGCCGGCAACAUGAUUAUAUCAAAAUUUCUAUCCCAUGCUACUAGAACUAUUCCCACAGACACACAGCGCCGCGUAUUCUGGCAAGAGGCGACAGCUCUACUUGCAGGCAGCAAGAUCCUCACAUCCAUGUCUCAAGUCUUUGCCACGAUUCGGGAUCUGGAUCGGCUAGGAGAGAAUGAGAAAUGGCUUGGAGACGGAAACGAGUACUCAAGAUGGCUUGGACGCAAUAUUUCGACCGCCGCAAUGAGCAUCAGUGCAUCACCCGGCUCCAAUACUCAAGAGAUGAGCCUUCUCUGCCUGGUUCUGAAGAGGGGGCUUAAUCUUGGGUAUCGCGAUACACUCAUCAGCGAGCUCUACAACUCACUACUGCUUGGUAAACGAGCGUUGUGGACUCCAAUGCACAUGUUGAUCCAGGGUCUCCCAACCUACGACCAAAAGGUUCUCUUUGAUACCGUCCUGCGAGACCUUGCACGGAGAUCUUUCGGAAGCGGAGCAAGUAUCUUGGAACCCAAGGAAUUGCUGAUGAUGAACACCUCCAUUGUUGGAGGAGUGGCAGCCCUGAUCAGUGGACUCGUGCAACACAAUCCCAUUCUAGAAGCGCAUGUUAUCCACUGGCUGACGAGCACGAACGGGGAGUAUGCUGGCCUCGGCCUCGACGCCCGUAGGGCCGUGAUUGCAACCUUGGCAGCAAGGCAGAGCAAACUUGAACAAAUUCUUGAGAGAAGCUUGGAGAACUUUGGGAAUAAAAUGCAAAUUCAGCGCGAUGCCAUCCUGCAGCAGGAGUCGACCGCCCAGAUCAUCAUGCUUGCUUUCGGCUACCUCAAUCGUUUGGAUCAUAGCGCGGCCAAAAAGGUAUCAAGUUCCGGCGUUUUCAUUCGGACAGUUUCCAAUCGACUUUCUGCAUCAAUACCUCGUGCCCGGCUUUUGGGGAUGAUAGUUGCAGUCGCAGUCUCGAGAUUAGUAGAUGAGCCGGGAAAGGUCCUGAACUUUGGCGUCGAAGAGAUGGAAGGGGAGGAGGGGGAGCGAUGGUUGGAUUUGGUCAACAUACACGAUGCGGUGGGGAGUUUGGAUCAACUCCCAAAGAAAACGGCCGAGCCCUUGAAGAAGCGCCCGUUACAGACUACGCAGAAACCUGUGCGGCGCAAACGUUUAUCAGCAAAGUCACGACCUCAAGGCUCUAAGAUCGUGGCCAUUGAAGAACUUCCUGAUUCAAACGGAGAAGCUUCGACUGGGGAAGAGGAGGAUCUACCCCCUUACCCGCCACCAGAUUCCGACCCUUCAGAUUCUGACGAAGAUCCUACACUGGUCAAUCGCAACAAACCCACCCCUCCUGUCUACAUCUCGUCUCUGAUCAAGCAGCUUAAUACUGACAACGACCCUCCCGUUGUUGAACUAGCAAUCAAGACUGCUCCUUCGUUGAUACGUCGAAAAGCGAACUUCGGGGACGAAUUGUCAGCCAAUAUCUUCCAGUUGGCUUCAUCUCUUGUCAAUUUGCAGGAAGGAAUGUCAAAAGAAGACUUGCAACAAUCCAGACUGGAAGCCGUAAUCGCAUGUCUGGUUGCAAAACCCAGGUUAAUGGGACCCUGGAUCAUUAGCACCUAUUUCGAAGGGGAUUUCUCUUUGGCAACACGUGCAACCCUCUUGACAGCAAUAUCUCUAGGGUCAAGAGAGCUGGCAGGAAUCGACGAUGACAUUGACAAUCCCUCUGCGGCCAAAGGCCUACACGAACCCUCAUUCCCGUCGAAUCGACUGCCACCUCGUCUUGAACCGCGCUAUUCCUCGGCACCGGUUGACACCAUUUCGACGAACCUAUCUUAUCGCACACUUCAGCCCAUGGCCCUACAAGCGGCCGACAAGCUGACUGGACCAGAUGUGCUCAAGGUCCGAACAUUCUCUUCGCGCAUGGAAGUCGCCGCCAAAACAGCGGCGAAGCUCGAAGCCCGAUCCAAACGCAUUCCCAAGGAUCUACACAAGCUUCUUGCCGAAGCACUGUAUCUACCAAUGUGUUCGCGACUAUCGCUUCUCCUCACCUCACUAGUCACAUCACCUUACCUGGCGAAUUCCACCCUCCUCCACCCCUCAUUGGUGAAGCUAAGCCUGCAAACCCUCAUAAUCAUCAUUUCCACCAUAGGUCCUAACGCUCUACAACUCCCUGCGUUGACCCACGAAUCCCUUUUAAUGUUGACAACACUCCACACUCUUCCUGCUCUCGCACACGACCCAAUCAUUCUGCCUCCAAUUCUUCAUUUGAUCCUGACACUGCUGGAUCUCAAUAUCGAAGCUGGGAAAACAUCCGAAGAACGGCUGAUUACAGACUUUGGCCCCAUGUUUGCAGAAUUAGUGUCGUGGACUGGAAGCUUCGGAGAUGACGCUUCAAUCCCUGAGGUUGAUAAUGAUCCUGGAUUGGGAAUGUCAAUGCCCUGGCCUGUCCUUGCAGCAGGGAUACAGGUCAAGUGGCAGGAAGUUGGACGGAAAUUCCAGGGUAGGAUGCUGGGUUUGAUGGCAAGCACGGACUUCGACUCGUUUUAA